GGCUUCGGCUCCUUUCCACCCCUCUGCCCGCUGCCAGCCUUUGGAGCGUUUGGUCCGUGCCGACCCCCGCACUCACGCACGAGCGAAGCAGCCUGGGCUAGCAUCAUGGCGACGCUAAUUCGCAGCAAGAUCUCCAACGUGGCCACCUCGGUUUCCAACAAGUCCCAGGCGAAGGUCAGCGGCAUCUUUGCCCGCAUGGGCUUCCAGGCGGCGACUGACGAAGAAGCGGUGGGGUUUGUUCACUGCGAUGACCUGGACUACGAGCACCGGCAGGGACUGCAGAUGGACAUCCUGAAAUCCGAGGGCAGCGAGGAAGGAGGAGAGCCGCCCUUGGAAGGAGAUAUCCACUACCAGAGGGACGGCACGGGGCCCCUGCCCCCCUCCGCUUCCAAGGACGAAGGCGUGUGCUCCGAGCUGUCCACUCAAGGGAAGCCCAGGAUCACCGCCUGGGAAGCCGGCUGGAAUGUCACCAACGCCAUCCAGGGGAUGUUUGUUCUUGGCCUGCCCUAUGCUAUCCUUCAUGGUGGAUACCUAGGACUCUUUUUAAUCAUUUUUGCAGCAGUAGUUUGCUGCUACACUGGGAAAAUCCUCAUUGCCUGUCUCUAUGAAGAGAAUGAAGAUGGAGAGAUAGUUAGGGUGAGAGACUCCUACGUGGAUAUUGCAAAUGCUUGCUGCACUCCCCGGUUUCCCACGCUUGGGGGCAGGAUUGUAAACGUGGCACAGAUCAUAGAGCUGGUCAUGACCUGCAUCCUCUAUGUGGUGGUCAGUGGUAACUUGAUGUACAACAGCUUCCCAAACUUGCCAGUCUCCCAGAAAUCAUGGUCCAUCAUUGCGACAGCUGUGCUCCUGCCUUGUGCUUUCUUGAAGAACCUCAAAGCUGUUUCCAAAUUCAGUUUACUCUGCACCUUGGCCCAUUUUGUGAUAAACAUUUUAGUGAUUGCCUACUGCCUCUCCAGAGCCCGGGAUUGGGCAUGGGAUAAAGUCAAGUUUUACAUUGAUGUGAAGAAGUUCCCCAUCUCAAUUGGCAUCAUUGUCUUCAGCUACACCUCUCAGAUCUUUCUGCCUUCCUUGGAAGGGAACAUGCAGAAUCCUAAGGAGUUCCACUGCAUGAUGAACUGGACUCACAUAGCUGCUUGCAUCCUGAAGGGUCUCUUUGCCUUGGUAGCCUACCUGACUUGGGCUGAUGAUACAAAAGAAGUAAUUACAGACAACUUGCCAUCCACCAUUAGGGCUGUUGUUAACAUUUUCUUGGUAGCCAAGGCUUUGCUCUCCUAUCCUUUGCCUUUCUUUGCAGCUGUGGAGGUCCUAGAGAGAUCCCUCUUCCAAGACGGAAACAGGGCCUUCUUCCCUAAUUGCUAUGGGGGUGAUGGGAGGCUCAAAUCUUGGGGACUCACCCUCAGGUGUGCUCUUGUGGUGUUCACCUUGCUGAUGGCCAUUUAUGUCCCACAUUUUGCCCUCCUGAUGGGCCUUACAGGAAGCCUCACAGGGGCUGGCCUCUGUUUCCUCCUUCCCAGCCUUUUCCACCUGAAGCUAUUGUGGAGGAAACUCUUGUGGCACCAUGUCUUCUUUGAUGUGGCCAUUUUUGUUAUAGGUGGUAUAUGCAGUGUGUCAGGUUUCAUUCACUCUUUAGAAGGCCUCAUUGAGGCUUUUAGAAUCAAUUCAGAAGACUAAAAGAUGGGAUAAGUUGGUUGCAUUAGAGGGAGGAGAACAAAGAAUCACACAUUUACAUAGCCAAAAGAUUAUGCAUCCCCAUAAAGGAGAAAUGUUGUAUUUUAGUGAAGUACAUCCAACAAACAUAAGCAAGUUUCCAGAUCAGAUGCUUACCCAACAGACUUUUUAAAUAAAUGAAGAAACCCUAUAUAUUUUGUAUUAUUUAGAUAUUAUCAGAGAGAAAAUAUUUGGAAUAUUUCCCUGUCUUCUUCACUUCAUAAUCUACACAUGUUUAACCUUUAUAAAGAGAGUAAAAUCCUCUAUUUGGAAAUAGGGAGUGAUUUCAUGGUAAUAUUUUUGCAGGUUUUAUGCAACUCAGUAUUGUUUAAAAAUAAUGUAAUAGUCCAUCCAGUUGCUUGGGAUCAUUAUGCUGGAUCACUGGAGUACACGUACAGCUUGAUGCUAAAUUAUUUGAGGAACAAAUUGAAAUGGCUCUGAUGACCAGCCACGAGCCUAGCGAACUGUAUGUUUACAACUGUAUAUUAAAACAAUCUGUAAGAACUGCUUAACAC